AUGUGUGAAAGGCGAUGUCGUAGUGGACCCCAUCCCGAGGACUGCGCCACCGUCGCUUGCACCGUCUACGGUCUUCCGCUCUCCAUCGUCCUUGAAGUUGGCGUUGGCUUUAUUUCUUAG